AUGCCCCCUAGCAUGCAGAGCAAAUCUCAGCCACUCCCACUGUCCGCUCUCUUUCAUAAUUCUCAAACAGCCCAUCGAUGUCCCAAACCUGCACCACAGGCCGAUCCUGCUAACACACAAUCAGCAGCUGGUCCCACAGCAGUAUCCACCAGCAUCCAAGCCCCCAUCCCACGACGCAAUCCGGUAGCCACUACAUCACCUCUUUGCAGGCUCACCACCGCCAGUCUGCUUCAGGAAAACACCCCAAGGCCCAAUACUCAGGCGGUCACUCUUUCCCAACCUUUCGUCAGACCAGAAACGUCUGUCGCUGGCCUGCUAUCCCAUGGCUUCAACUCGAACGCGUUCCUUGGAACGCUUCCCAUGUCAUCGAGAAACACCACCUUCGUUGGAUCCAACAUGACAGGGCGUAAGAAAGCAUCCGCCAUGCAAAUGGCAUGGGGACAUGGCGAAGCACCUACAUGUCACAUCCUCAUCUAUCCCUUUCUCAGUCCGGAGCAUCAUCAACAAGCCAUCAAGGACGCAGAUCCUAGCAUUCAAACCGGAUACCCACUCCCCCAGUCUGACAUAUACCAUCUCGAGCAUGUCGACGUCGCACCGUUUCGGGAGCACAUGCAAAAGCUUGAUCUUUGCAUCACCUUCUACACCAAUGCUAACGACAAUUACAGGACGAUUCACGAUAAACUUCUCACGCAUAAUGCAAUGGCUGGGAAGCCCCAGAUCCCCGGCCUCAAGACUGACGACCUGGCUAAUCUCAGCUUUCAAAACAUGGGCUGGUGUUUCCUACAGCUCAUGUCCCGCAAAGGAGAUCCGUCUCUUCUCAUCGUCAACAAGAAAAUUAAUGAGGGUCAGGCCACAAUUGACCAUUUCAUCCGCCAUGGAAGCCUGGAGUCCAAGUUUCUGCCCAAACAUGGCAAAAAUCAUUCAGCUGUGCUCGGUCAGUUUACCCUGGUGAUUGGCGAUAUUAACUCGCAGGAAAAUAUUUCCAGCUCUGACCCGAGGCCCCAUCUGCCACAAUCUCCAAAACAGGAACUUCGGGGCAGCAGUUUUGAUGAGAACUCCUUGCCCUCCCUACGUGCAUGCAGAGGCUUGCCACCCAAUCAUCUUGCCCCCGAGCUGACGAUUACGGCGGGAAUCCCUCAUUGUCCCCAACUUACCGAUGACGCCACUUCACUGGCGGAAGAACCACAGCCGAACACACAGUCCAACAAGCGGCCCGCUUCUUCCAGGUCACUGCCACCUGAUCGACUUGGCAUGUGCCCCCUUUCACCGAUUGACUUGUCCAGCCAACUGCCCCCGCUGCCAUUGCCCCCCCCUUAUUACGCCGGAGAAAUUUGGCCACAACCUCGUGAUGCAGAGCGGGCACAAAGUCAACCCAUAUACACCUCCUGCCUGUCGGAGACCAUGAUCUCCCUCCUCCCCGACACAAUGUGCCUGAAGGGACCAAAUGUCGAAUCUCUCGCUGAUGCAGUGCUCGAACUCUGUAGAUUUUACGCAACGAAUGCAUGGGACAAGGACAAUGAGAUGUUUCUGCAGAAGAUAGAGGGCCCUCUAGCACCCCAAUUUCCUUCCUCCAACAUCCUUUGUGAAAAUUGGGAUGAGCUGGCAAAAUUUGGGAGCAUGAAGAUGAUCAUACUCCAGAGCUGGAGCCAUGGCGACAGUAUCAAUAAAAUGGUCCUCAGGGAGGCAUUGAAGAAGGCUCUUGAAAAUACCAAUCUAUACACUUCCUUGCCUGAACAACUCCAAUUACUUCACAGCUACCUUUCGCAUGAGAGAUUGCACCGCGAUGGAAACUUGUCUGUGGAGAGCACAGGGUCUCCUGCUUGCUCUCUGCACUGUUACCUUCCACAUGCUGCCGCUGCCGGUGUCUCCGUUUCUCUUUCUCGCAUUGUUGACUCCACGAGGAGGAUUGGCAAAAGUCUUGGAUCUUCUAACAGGACCCGUCAUCAAGGCAUUGGAUCCCGCUACCGAAGAUUUCAUGCAACCUUGGCUCGUAAGUCCAACACGCUACACCACACUACACAAUCACCCAUGAAAUAUCCUCUCCCCAGCCUUACGAUGUCGGUUUCAAGAAACCUGACCCGGAAAAGUUACAACUCCAAAAUAGACCAGAGCAAUGGAUUUAACGCCAUGCGGGAGGGAUUUUCUUACAAUUUUGGUCAUGACAAAUACAUUGGAGGCCUGCCUUCGCUAUUCCGCCGAGAGCUACCCCAACCAGAGAAUCUCUUGUUGUAUCUUCACAGGAUGUAUGAUCGCAGCAUCCACUCAGCUCAGGACCUUCUAGACCUUAUCCAGUUUGACCAUGGAUGCGUCAGGACAGAUGCCUUUUGCUCAACACCAUGUGAUUGGGGUUAUGGGACACAGCCCAAUGGAAAUACUUUGAACAAGACUUGGACCGCCGUGGGCCACUGCUUCCUGGUGAUGGUGACCAGUCUGCCAUAUAUGCCUGCAGCACCCGAGGAGAAGAUCAAGUUCAUCUUGCAUGCCCCAGAUGAAUUCCAACCACCUUCUCAAGUAUUUUGCAUGAGCACUUGCUUCAAUAUCAUCAGGCUCAAGCUCGACAUGAAAUUAUGCAGCCUUCUUGCUGGAGAGGCAACAGCACUCUUCCCCAAUUUUGAGGCUUGCUUGGACUUCUGGUUGUUCGACGAUGAUCGAAUCAUUAUGCUCAUUUAG